AACUUAAACCCUAGACGUUAAGGUUUUAUUUCUUUGGGGAAAGCUGAUUGUUGGAAUGCCAACUAUUUAUAUAGUUAGAUAAUGUUCUGCAAAACCUAAAUUUCUUUAGUGAACUGAAGUUGUUCUUCAGAUUCUUGUCUGUGAAUUUUAUUCUUUUGCACACACGGCAGAAUAAGAGCAAAUAUUUGUUUAAUAAGAGAAUUGACAUGUCCGAAAGUAAACCUGAAUCGGGCCCUGUUAUAAAUCCUAGAGUAACCUGGGAAGGUUGCAGCGUAUUGCUCGACAUCAAUGACGGAGAUCGCCUUGUUUUCGCUCGUCUCUCUGCGGGCUCGACCUUGAAAAUUGGGAAUAAAUCAUGCUCUUUGCAACCAUUGAUUGGUUGUACCUUUGGAUCUUUAUUUCAAGUUGAAAUCGGAAAAGAAAAACCUUAUCUUUCCCGCUUUGUUCCACCUACUGAUGAUAGUAAUGUUCAAGACGAAGGAGGUAGUCAAUUACAGGAAGAAUCCCGUGACAACCGAGCAAUAAUUGAUAAUAAUCAAGCUCAAACCCUCACCGGUGAAGAUAUAGAUGCAAUGCGGAGACAGGGGGCAACGGGGAAUGAAAUUGUUGAGGCUCUCAUUGCUAACAGUGCAACUUUUGAUAAGAAAACACAAUUCUCCCAGGAAAAAUAUAGGCUUAAGAAGCAAAAGAAAUAUGCACCCAGAGUACUUCUUAGACGACCCUUUUGUAGAAGUAUAUGUGAGGCAUACUUCAAGAAGUAUCCUGCUCGGAUUGGAUUUUUGCGAGUGGAUGCUUUAUCUCUGUUGCUUUCAAUGGCUAAUGCCACUGCAAACUCCGAUGUCCUUGUAGUGGAUAUGGUUGGUGGACUUGCUACUGGUGCUGUGGCUGAGCGUUUAGGAGGUUCGGGUAGUGUGUGCAGUACUUAUCUUGGAGGGACACCGUAUCCUACAGAGAUAAUAAGGAUGUUCAACUUCAGUGAUGAAAUUUGCAAGACAAUUUUGCGGUGUUCCUUCAAUGACCUGUGCUCAGUUCAAAAUGAAACCAGUGAGCGAGUCAGCCAACAUGAAGAUGACUAUACAAUGGAGGGUCAAUCUAAUGAAAAAACAUCCUUAUCAGUUGGCACGGAAGAUGUUUACCUUUCAUCCAAAAAUGGUGAUACGGAUCUUGUUCCUGAGAAUAAACUUUCUUCCUCAAGCAAAACUUGCAAAGCCCCAAAAGCUGGAGAAAAAGCACCAAAACAAGCCAUUCAGUCGUGGAAAGAGAAUGGUUUCUCUAGCCUAAUUAUUGCUGCACCGGAGCAGGAUGCGUGGGGGUUGGUUAAGGAUUUGCUGCCUCUUCUGACAUACUCAGCUCCUUUUGCAAUUUAUCACCAGUAUCUGCAGCCUCUUGCAACAUGCAUGCACAAUCUGCAACUUGAGAAAAUGGCAAUUGGAUUACAAAUUUCAGAACCUUGGUUACGGGAAUAUCAGGUGCUUCCAUCAAGAACCCAUCCCUGCAUGCAGAUGAGUGGAACUGGAGGCUACAUCCUAAGUGGUACUCGGAUGUAUACUGAUACAAGUCAAUCCUAGUUCGUACAUUUUUAAUAAAGGCAAAAGAUUGUGUAUUAGUAAUUCUGUUGCUUAUUUUCAAGAAAUCAGCUGUAGAAGAAGGGAUUUGUUUUUUUUCUUAUUAUUAGCUCAAAUAAAAUUUUCCUAGUA